UUGCAGUUGUUUUGUGCUACGUGUUCCACACUUAAUCCUUUCUUGACUCGCAAAAUAACUGAAUUUUACAGGAAAAUGAGCUUUUUUAGUCGGGUUUUGGGAGGAAACACUCCAGAAAAUCAACAGUCAGGGGCAGAUACGAUUGCCAAGAUAUGUGAUAGAGUGCAGUCUUCCACGCUCCUGGAUGACAGACGAGAUGCAGUCAGGGCUCUCAAGGCUCUCUCCAAGAAAUAUCGGCUAGAGGUUGGUACCCAAGCCAUGGAUAUUUUGGUGAAUGUCUUGGAGACUGACCGCACCGAUGCUGAGAUCACUGGCUAUGCUCUGGAUACGCUCUUCAAUCUUCUCUCAGCACACACAGAAGAGGAGGAACAAAAUGAAGAAUUUCCAAACGGUGACAUAAGGGACCCUGAGCAGAUGAAGCUGUGUGCCCAGUUUGCUGAAAUAUUCAUCAAGAAUCCAAAUAAUAUUCCACUUGUACUUGGGUUACUAGAGGACUAUGAGUUCCGAGUAAGAUGGCCGGCCAUCAAGCUCUUGACCACCUUACUCUCCUACCAAGCUAGUCAGGUUCAGCAGUAUGUCCUGGGUAGCCCUAUGGGUGUGUCCAAGAUGAUGGACUUACUCUCGGACAGCAGAGAGGUCAUUCGCAAUGAUGGCCUGCUUCUGCUGAUCCAACUGACCAAAGGAAACGCCAACAUCCAGAAGAUUGUGGCCUUUGAGAAUGCCUUUGAGCGUCUCCUGGAGAUCAUGUCGGAGGAAGGUGGCAGCGAUGGUGGCAUCGUGGUUGAAGACUGUCUCCUGCUGCUUAUCAACCUCCUGAAGAAGAAUAGUUCUAACCAGUCCUUCUUCAAGGAAGGAGGCUUGAUCCAACGGAUCACCCCUUUCUUCAGUAUUCAGAAAGAUUCAUCAUGGUCAGCUCAGAAGGUCAACAAUGUUCAUCUUAUGUUACAGGUUGUGCGGAUUCUUGUUGCUCCAAGCAAUCCUCAGCAAGCAACGGGAGCCUGUCAGAAGGUUAUCCAUCAAUGUGGUCUUCUAAAGUUACUCUGCGAUGUCCUCAUGGCCAGUGGAGUCCCAGCUGAUAUUCUUACAGAGACCAUCAACACAGUGUCAGAGGUGAUCCGUGGUUGCCGUGUCAACCAGGACUUCUUUGCUGCAGUCAACGCCCCUUCCAACCCACCAAGGCCGGCCAUCGUGGUUCUUCUGAUGUCCAUGGUCAACGAGAAACAGCCCUUCUUGCUACGUUGUGCAGUCCUGUAUUGCUUCCAGUGUUUCCUCUAUAAGAAUGAGAUCGGUCAGGAACAGAUCAUCGCCACACUCUUACCAGCUACUGCUGAUGUGUCAGCAGUGACAGCAGGCCAGCUCCUCUGCGGUGGUCUCUUCAGUACGGAUCCUCUCUCCAACUGGUGCGCAUCCGUUGCCCUGGCACAUGCCCUCAAGGACAACCCCACACAGAAGGAGCAGCUUCUUAGAGUUCAGCUUGCUACCGGGCUCGGGAAUCCCCCGGUCUCACUGCUUCAGCAGUGCACCAAUCUCAUGGCACAGCCGACAGUAAAGUUCCAGACAAGACUUGGUCUGUUGAUUCUUCUCAGCUCCUGGGUAGCUCACUCACAGCUCGCUGUCUCACACUUCUUAGGGCAUCCAGGAAAUGUGCCAUUUCUAACAUCACAAGUUGCCGAGAAUGCUGAUGAACAGGAUCUCUUGGUACAAGGACUAUGUGCCUUCUUACUGGGAAUCUGUACACAAUUUAAUGACAACUCAAAUAAGAACUUCACCAAGGAAAGUCUACAACAGCUAAUUGCCAAACGAAUUGGUGUAGAGACAUUCAUUGAGAAGUUAGAAGCGGUAUCCAAACACGAGAGCUACACACAAGCAGCCAAGAAACCUCAGUUAAAGUUUGACUCGGUCGACAAGGUCUUAUUUGACUACGAAUUCACCACACUCUUCAAGCAACUCGAAGUUUCUGUUAUCAAGGCAGUACAAGCGGGUGAUGAUCUGGAUGCCAAGAAGACAGUAGAUGAUCAUAAUUCAAUCGUCACACAAUACAAAGACAUCAUCAGAGACCAGGAUAACCAACUUAGUGAGCUGAAGAAAUCCCAUGAAGAAUUGACGAGAGAAUACAGGAAAGCAGAGUCUCAGUUGAAUGAACAAUCAAGUCAAAUUCAGCAACUAAGAGAUCAGUAUGUCCUUCUCAAAGCACAACAUGGUAACCAAACUGGUCAAGGUGAUGGGGCGGAGACCAGUGAUGGUCAAGCGAUAGAAAUCAAUGGGCCAUCGGAGAGUAGUGCAGAACUAGAGAAACAAUUGGCAAUUCAACGACAACUAGUAACAGACAAAGACAAGGAGCUGGAAGAGUUGAGAGGAAGAUUAGCAUCCAUUCCAUCGUCUGACAACGUAGAAUCAAAUACUCCAAGUAAUGAUUCAGAGAUUGCAUCACUUAAGUCAAGAUUAGAAGAACAAACCCAACUAGCAGAGAAAUAUAGAUUGCAGAAUGAAGAAUUUGCCUCUCAACUACAACAAGCCAGCAGUAGUAAUGACAACAGCGCCCUCUUGGCUGAGAAGGCAGCCAUGUCAACGAAGAUCACCGACCUGGAGGUCAGGUUAUCGAAGCUGGAGACGGAUAAUACGAGAUUAACUAAUGAGAACAAGGAGCUUAGUGGGGCGAAAGACACGAUGGAGAUGCAACUGAGGGAAGCUUCAGCCAAGGCGGCUAAUCCUGAAAUUGCAAUAGCUCUACAGAGAGUACAGCAAGAGAAAGAUGAAUUGACCCAGAAGGUCAAAGGGUUAGAGGCCGAGAAGGAAAGUUUAGAAGGAGAUGUCAAGGGUGUCCAGAAAGAGAUGGAGGAUCUAUUGGUGUUGCUAACGGAAACAGACGAAAAGAAGGCUUCUUACAAACAGAGACUGAAAGAUCUUAAUCAAGAGGUAUCUGACAACGAAUUGGAAGUUGGAGAUGAGGACGAAUAUGAGGAUGAGGACGACGACGAUGAGGAGGAUGAAGAAGAGGAGGGAGAAGUAUGAGGAAUAUUUUCAAACUGAAUAAAUUUAUAUCGAACAAUUUUACUGGAGUGCCGGAGCACCAUUGCCAGAGAUGAUGAAGAAGAGUGGAAAAGGGACACACAUUAGCUCAGUAGUCUUCAACUUUUUCUACUUUUAAUAUGAUUCAAUUCACAAAAUAAUUUAAAUAUUUGUUAUGUAUUAUUUCUUUACAAUUAUUUGGUCUGUCAAAGCAAGGUCAUAACAAUGAAAUUGUAUAUUAAUCUGAAUUAUUACAAACUUUUUUUUGUUUUGUAUUUGUCACAUGUAGGUGAUGGUAGUUUCAGCCAUUUUUAAACUAUCACCAUUCCAAUGUAGACUAGGUAUGUUUUCUUUGCUUGAAAUAUUUCUGUCACAAUUUUAUGCCAUAAUUUUUCUGCUGCCAAGUCAUUUUUCAUCAGGUUUUCAUUCAUAAUCCUUGAAUAAACUGCAGUUGUGAAAUACUAGUUUUGAUAAAGAGGUGCCAUUCUCAAUGGAAAGGAUUGUACAUUUAUUGAUAUUAAAGUGAAAUAUAGAGAUAAUUUUAUAGAGCAAAUAUAAUACGGAUAGACACCAUGGCCCGUAUUCUGAAGUUGGGUUUAAC